AUGGUGGACGCACCGUCAGCCUACAAUGUCAUAUUGGGACAACCGGCCCUCAACGAAUUCCAGGCGGUGGUAUCAACCUACUGCCAAAAGAUAAAGUUCUUAGUGGACGACCGGGUGGGCGAAGUCAAAGGCGAUCAAUUGGCUGCUCGGCGAUGCUACGUCGAGAUGGUCAAAACCGAAAUGAGAAGCGCUCGGAAGAAUCCGUGCUUGGAGGUGAACGCUAUCACCGAGAGGCCUCCUGCGUUAGUUUAUGAAGAAAAGGAGAAGGACAAAAAGUCAUUGCAAUUAGGGCCUGAGGACAACCUUUAUGUGGAGGGUUUUGCAUCAAAUCUUUUUGCAAAGGAAGAUAAGCAAGAUCGUGCUGGUCGUGCAGAUCUGAAUAUUGCAAAAACUUUUUAUGCUGCAAGUAUCUUUUUUGAGAUACUAUAUCAAUUUGGUGAACUUCAACCUGAAAAGUAUGCAGUUUGGAAAGCUGCAGAUAUAAGGAAAGCUCUUAAAGAAGGCCGGAAACCUGAACCAGGUCCUCCAGGUGGUGAUCCUGAUCAAUCAAUUUCCUCAGGCCUCUCGAGUUACACUUAUGGCACACAACCAAGCGAUGGAUUGUCAGCUAGUCAACAAUUUGACAAUGCAUCGCCUCAGCAUAUACACAAGGUCAAUUUGAAUGUGUAA